AUGUCAGUCUAUUUCAGAAACCUGCUCUUCUUGGGGUUGGUGGGCUGCAAGAAUGUCUCUGUCAACUGGCAGAGCUGCAAAAAGACAGAUUGGGUGGAGCUGUGUGGGCAGACCGAGCCCUGCCUGGUGCAUUUCCUGCUGCUCGCCGACCCGCUGCAGUUCUUUCCCAUUGAGGUGUCGGUGGAGGACAUCAACGACCACUCACCGCUCUUCCCGGACGAACGGGUGAAAUUUAGGAUCCCGGAAUUGACUGAAGCUGGAUCCCGUUUCCCUGUGGAGGCUGCUCGAGACCUGGACAUUGGCAGCAAUGACAUCCAGGCUUACAGCAUCGUUCCAGAGAACGAGUUCUUCACUGUCUCCUAUAAGACUCAUGAUGAAAGUGAUAAUGUUCUUGAACUGGUUUUACAAAAGCCUCUAGACAGAGAGGAACAACCAGAGAUAUAUUUCACUCUCGUUGCCACGGAUGGUGGCUCUCCACCGAGAAGUGGUUCCACCCAAAUCCACAUCAUAGUUCUGGAUGUAAAUGACAAUGCUCCCAUCUUCACACAGAAGCUGUACAAUGCACAGAUUUUGGAAAAUGCCCCUGAAGGCUCUGUAGUCCUCAGAGUGAUAGCCACGGAUGCAGAUGUGGGAGUGAAUGGUGACAUUUCCUAUCAUUUCAGCCAUGCAGUGGUCGAGAGCCAGUCAGCAUUCAUCCUUGACCCCAGUAGUGGUAAAAUCCGUAUCACAAAGCCUUUGGAUUUCGAGGUUGCACGGAAACACGAGCUCAGCGUGCGGGCAGUGGAUGGUGGAGGACUGUCAGCACUGUGUAAGGUGAUUCUCGAGGUGGUGGAUGUGAACGACAAUGCACCAGAGAUCGUGGUCAGUUCCUUCAGCAACCCUAUCCCUGAGAAUGCAGCACCUGGGACAGUGGUCGCACUGUUUGCUGUCACAGACAAGGAUUCCGGUGUGAAUGGGCAGGUCAGCUGUGCCCUGGAAGAGCAGCUCUCCUUCUCGCUCCGGCCAGCCUUCAAGAACUACUACGAGCUGGUGACCGUGGGCACGUUGGACCGGGAGGAGAGAGCCCAGCAGACGGUGGUUGUCAGGGCAGCAGAUGCAGGGUCUCCUCCUCUGAGCAGCAGCCACACGUUCAGCGUGGACAUCUCGGACGUCAACGACAACGCCCCCGUCUUCAACCAGACGUCGUACACCAUGUACGUGCACGAGAACAACGUCCCCGCGCUGCACGUCGGCGCCGUGAAGGCAACGGACGCGGACGCGGGAGCCAACGGCAAGGUGAGCUAUUCCCUGUGCUACGAGCUCAGCCUCACCACGGGCUCGGGCGAGAGCGAGUUCAAGUUCCUCAAGCCCGUCCUUCCCAGCCUGCCAGCGCAGCGCUGCAGCACGGGGGUGUCUGGCGACGAUGCGGAGCGUUUCCCUGCUGUCCCUGUGAGCGUGGGGGAUGCUGAUGUCGAGAGCCCCGGGAUGCAGUCGGUGGGACAGUUUAAUGGCUUUUAGUUAGCACAUUAGGGUCUGCAUUAGCAGCUGAUUCAUGGCUUGUUUAUAGCGGCUUAUGUUAUUUGAUAGUUAACUCCAUGCCCCAUGGUUAGAUCUGCAUUUGUAAUUUACAUCCCAUUUCACAAGGACGUAACUGUAAUUGGAAGGUGUGGAUAAUAACAGGGGAAGUGAGAGUGUUCUUUCUGAGUCUCACCUAGAUUUCAGUCCCUCAGCCUUGUAGCUCUUGCCACAACAGAAAUUGCCUGUCUUUCAAGACGUCCACACACGUGUGUUUAUGCUGACAGCCCAUCUGUCAUCUGGAUGCGGACGGAGGUUGCAGGAUGUGAGGGCUGGAUUUUGUGCCAUCUGUUAAGCGAGCAGAGUUCAUCAGUUGCAACGGUUGGCUUCCUUUAGCUGAUGAGGGCUUCCAUCCAAGCCUUUCCAGGCACGGCAGUGGGUGAGGAGAGUGGGACCUGCCAAUGCUCCAGCCGGGAAAUACCUUUGUCCUGCUAUAUUUGAACUUCCAGCCAAGUUCACUCGAUGCACAGGGAGUUGCAUCUUUGCUUUUUGAACGUGGGCUGCAUUCUCUGACGUUAAUGGAAAUCAUGACAAUGGUAAGAAAGUUUUGUUUCAUUUUGUUUCAUUAUGGAAGUUCCUUCUGUCUCUUCUUUUGGUUCAUGCUAAAUGCCAUCGGUGUGUGCUGCUAUCCUUUGCAGUGAAAGAUUCUUUUUGUGUUGGAGUGCUUUUGCAUAAAUGCUUCAGUAAUUCUAACUUGAGAUGGAGCAAGAGCAGAUAGACCUGGGGCAGAACUGGCAUGGCUGAGGAUCCACUGGCAGUCUACUGGGCAGCAUCUCAGUGUCUAAGGGAGCUCUAAGAGGGAUUGGUUGUUUGUGUUUGCCUGAAUGCUACGUGUUCCCUCUACUCCCUUAAGCAGCAACAACACAAUGCAUGUUUUAUACGUGACAUGGAAAGACAGGAUUACGAUGUGUUCUGUCAGUUUCUGCACUGCCUCUGUAGUGGGGUUCUUUGCACGGUGCCCAGCUCAUUUGGUGUCCCAUGUGCUGGGUGAUCAUUUGGGCCAUGCUUAUGCGUGUGGAGGAUGCAGAAGUGCAGAGCUGCAGGGCUCAGUGUGUGGGGAAGUUUUCUGAGUGUUCCCUUCAUUAGCACUGAGUCUGUACAGCCGGUGUCCUUGUGGCUGGAGAAAGGAAGGGCUGUGUGCAAAGGUAUUGAGCUCCAGAGGGAAGCUGCAUUGGCCAUUUGCAUCGCCCAUUCCCGGAAUGCUGAGUGAGAAGGAAGGUUUCUGUGCAUGUUCUGUGCAGGAAAGUGUCAGAGAGAAAUGUGCAGCAUGUUUUGAGAGCUGCUGUGGUGUGCUAUGUGUGGAGCCGUGCAUUUCAAGGGCUGCAGGCAUUGCAUUCUUGCUCUGCUGAGUUGUGCUUCUACCUGUGAAUGCUGUGUGUUUUGCCUCCUGGUCAUGACGUCUCUCCAUCCAGAUGUGCCCUUCUGCAGCCACUCUGAUGCAUUCUGCUGCAGCUCAGCUGUUCAAUUGGGUCAUUGCUGAGUGCAGCAGCCAGCAACACAGCUGCACUCGUGGUGUUAGGACACACCAUAACACAUAGGCAUGCAGACCUCUGUUUUGCCUGGGCUGCAGUGUGCUAAUAGGAAUAGUAUUGGUCUGCAUAUCGAUGCACUGCUCUGAAAGUAAUGCCUCCUAUUUAUUCCCAUAGAAACUUCAACAAUGAGUUCAAUAACUGUGGUUUGGAGCAGAUUCACAUCUACAAAAUGCUAUUUUUUAUCAUAGUCACCAUCACAGCCAUGCAUAUUGACCAGUGGUGCACAGGUGUCUGUAUACUGUGCUCAUAGUAAUCUUCAGUAGUCGAGGUGACCCUCUGUUGCUACUGCUAAAACACAGCACUCACUGGUUCACGGUGCUCACAUCCACUGACUGGACUGCAUAAACAUUCAGCAAAUGUUGCUCAAAUCCAUGAUGGAAUAUUUUCUGCAUGGAGAAAUUCAUUGAUAAUUGGAGUUUCUCACAUUCUUCUAUGUCAGAUGGCAUUUUGUCAGACUGCCCCUCUGCUGUCAUCUGCCAAACGGUAACAAAAGGCAAUAGGAUAUUGGUGGGAAGGUUCAACCUCGGCUGCCAUACCUUCAAAAUCUGCCUUGUCUAUCUUUGGGCUUCACAAUAAAAUGGGAGGCAAUGCUUUCAGAGCAUCCCUCAUUGGUAUCACAAUAUCAUUAUGAAAGUAAGAAAACAUUUAAGUUUGUCAUAUUUGUCUGUAAACUCCAUUAAAAGUGAACAAGUCCAUAAAAUUAAUGGGAUGUUUGAUGCUUUUUUUCACUGAAACCAAUGCAUCAGGCUGGUUUGGUUGCAGCGGUUGCAAUUGUUACUGAGAUCUCAAUGACUUCAUGAAAGAUUUUUGAUGAAAUGUCACUCCUCCUAUAUUUCAUUCUUGAUAAUAGUUCUUCACAAAUGGAUAUGCUGCCCAAGAGUAAUGACGUGAAUAAAUGGUGACGGUGAAUUCAGUGAUGUUUCUCUUUGAUAUGAUUGUGAAAGUCUUCCCCAGCCAGGUCUCUAGCUGCAUGGACCAAGGUGCAGAUUGCAAAGGUAAGAACUGGGAGGAGGAAGAUCUGCGUGCUGUCAGUGAAGAUCGAAUUGUUGAUCAUCUAAAGAAGCUGCAGACGCGCAAGUGCGUGGGACCCAGUGAGAUCCAUUCACGGGUUCUGAGGCAGAUGAGGUUGCCAAGCCUUUAUCCAACAUAUUUGACGUGUGAUGGGAGUCUGGUGAUGUUCUCAUUGGUUGGAAAAUUGGACAUAUAACCCCCAUUUUGAAGAAGGGAAAAAAAGAAGAUGCAGGGAUUUGAAAGCCACUCAGUCUCGCCUCUGUGUCUGGCAAUAUCGUGGAGCAGAUCAUUUUGAAGACCCUUUGGAGGCACCUGGAGAACAGAGGAGGUGAUUGUUGGAAACCAACAUGGCUUCAGCAAGGGCAAGUCAUGCCUGACAAGCCUGGUGGCCUUUCAUGAUGAACUUACAGCAUCAGUGGAGAAAUGAAAAGCAACUGAUGUCAUCUAUGUGGACUUGUGAAAGGUUUGCUAAGGUACCGCAUGACAUCUGGUCAGCAAAUUGGAGAGAAAUUGAUUGAUGGACAGACCAGUCAAUGCUCAAGGAAUUGGCAGGAUGGUCACGCUCAGAGAGUUGUAGUCAAUACCGCACUGUGCAGGUGGAGACAGUUGAUGUGUGUCUGUCCUCAGGGAUCACAGCUGGGAGUGGUGUUGUUUAACAUCUUUAACAUGUCCGUGGAGAAAGAUUUGGGGUUGUCUAUUGAUGAAAGACCUACAUGGGCAGCCAUAGAAUCUUAGAAUCAUAGAAUCACAAGACUGGAAUGGACCUGCAACAUCAUCUAGUUCUACUGACCUCCUAUCACCUUUGCUGCCAAAAGCUCUGAACCAUAUCUUGUAGCUCCUCAUCCAGAUGCCUCUUGAACACUGCCCAGG